AUGCAUGAAGUUGUAGCAGAAAAAUUGGACCAAGAAACAAAUGAUGUUCACCACUGGCAAAAAAAGUGGGAAGCAGCAUUUGUUAGAAGUUUUGAGAGAGUAGAUAAUGAAAUUUUCAUUGAGGCACCAUCACUGGAAAUGGUUGGAUCUGCGGCUGUGGUGGCCAUUCUAUGUGGUUGCCAGAUUAUAGCAUCUAAUUGUGGCACAGAUCCAUUACCAUCACAUUUAAUUUCAUUGACCAGGUUUAAAGACAAGCACUUCUUGUUUUUUACAAGAGAAGAUGAACUUCUAAGAAUUGAAGAACAAGGAGGAAAAAUCAUAAACUGGAAUGGCGCUAGAGUAUUUGGAGUUCUUGCAAUGUCCAGAGCUAUAGGUGAUAGGUACUUGAGACCAUGGAUUAUUCCUGUGCCUGAAAUAACUUUCACAACAAGGAGUGAUGAAGACGAGUGUCUGAUACUGGCCAGUGACGGUCUUUGGGAUGUCAUGUCAAAUGACGAGGUGGCCCGUCGCAUUUUAAGACGGCGUCGCAGAUCUAUGUCAGAUGAUGAGACUCCUGCAGCUCAAACAGUUGCUGACAGCUUGACUGAAAUAUCUCUUGGGAGAAAUAGUACAGAUAACAUUUCGAUUAUUGUAGUUGAUUUAAAAGCAAAGAGAAAAAGGCGGCAAAAUCCAUAGAUCGAGUGAAGCAAAUGAAGCCCGCGGUUUCUUUUCUUGCUGCUCUAUCUAUUGGUAAUGGUUGUUAGAUACAAAUGUACAAAUAACAUAGGUACUUCUAGAAUGCGUACAGAGGACUGGCUGUCUUUGCGCUUGAUUAAGAAGUUAUUCAUGUUGAACCAUGAUAGCUGACCUGUAUGAAGCUGACUAGUGGUAGACUGCCAUCCUGCAGCUGCAGUAACUGUUUUGGCUACAGAAGUGCUGGGGGUCGCUCCUGAUUUUCAGCUUCGUUGAAAUUGUAGAAAUUCGACGGUUAGUGAACCUCAGUGGAAUGUCUGUUGAGUUCCAGGUUCAUAUACAGGACAGCAAAGUGGAUGUCACAUGGAAAUAGUUAUCCUACAUAUUUCUCCUUUCACAGUUUGCCGUGGCCCAAAAUGUAACGGAGACAGAAAUGAGGUUUCAUGAUGCAUUCCUUGACCCAAUCACUUCAUUCAGAUUGGGGUUAGUAAGAGACUGUCAUUGGACAAACAGGUAUGGUCUUUAGUAUUAGGGAGGGCUUGUUUUCAUCUCCUUUUCCAGCUUACAUAUUGGAGAAACUGCUCUUCGGCAAAGAAGCUUCAUCCGAUCAGAGGCUUCGUAAGCUUCAAAACUGAGUCAAGGCCUUGACAAAACAGAAAGUUAUCAUAGUACAUCGUCAAUGAAACUUCCAUACUGGAGCAAGAACUAGUGCCACUCUUUCAAUUGGCAUCUAACCAUCUUGUUCUCACUGGUGCCAGAGUUGGUCUUUCUAAUCAUUCAGAAAAGAACCUGGUGUGAAGAUCUUGAACGCAAGAGUGAGUUUGCCUUCGUCCACGCCUUAUGACGGAAGGGGAGUCGGCGUGGUGUAAAGUGAAGAUUGGGGAGAGUAGAAACAAUUUCAUUAUGGAGUAUUACGAAGGUAUAACCUAGGUAAAGAAAAAGGAGCUGCUACUUCAACUAGAGGAGCGACCAGUUGGUAGUUAAGGUAUGAACCUUUGCAACUAUGAUGGAAAGAUGUUUGCUUGUUGCCAAAUCCUUCACCUUUCUUUUGAGUCAAAGUAUGCCAGGGCUAUUGCAUUUUAGAUACGUGGAACACCCAUCUCGAAAGAACAUAUGGGAAAGAUUUUGGUCCUUUAUUUAUUUCUUGCUAUGGAUGAGUCACAUUAGCACUUUUGGAGAAAGGGUCUUAAAUUUUGACAACUAUUUUACCUUAUUUAAAAAGGUUCUGAAAUUGAGAAGAAUAAGAGCAAACAGACUAAUCAAGUUUCUGUAAGAGAUGAAUAAACCAUGCCUACCAUUAUUGAUUUAUAAAUCUCUGUGAUGUUCUAAUA